CCGACCCGUCCCGUCAGUACCUCUCCGCGGAGACGAUCGUAGAGGGGUUUAAAUAUCUGACAACAACAUCAGACCACCUGUGCUCAUCUUGGAGUUGCGUGUGGUCAUCACGGACACACCUAUUGAGCGGGGUGUUGCAACGAUGCAUCUGAUGACCCAGUCGCAGCGGCAUACUACAGGGCAUGGUCGAAAUGAAAGACAGCUAUAAGACGUGCCGGAUGCAUAUAAACCAUUGUGCGAAGACCGACUCUGGGCACAGACUUCCAGAAGUUCUGAACAAUGCUCAGCUACCCAACAUUGACUGCAAGACGCUUUAGCAAGCUCGGUGUAAACAACACUCGCACCCUAAAAGCAAGCAUGGCCACGCAGACCGGUCCACCAAGAUUCCCAUUCAGCCGCCCUCGUGCGGCCGAGCCCCCGGCUGAAUAUGCUCGACUCAGAAAGACGGAACCAGUAUCCCGCGUCACGCUGUGGGAUGACAGUCACCCAUGGCUGGUGGUCAAGCACAAGGACAUCACGAAAGUUCUCACGGAUGACCGGCUUUCCAAGCAGCGUCAGCGAUCCGGAUUCCCCGAGAUGUCUGCAGGAGGGAAAGAAGCGGCAAAGAACAAACCCACCUUCGUCGACAUGGAUCCUCCGGAACACACGAGGCAGAGAGGUCUGGUAGAGCCUGUCUUUAGCAAGGAGAGCGUUCAGGCCAUGAGACCGCAGAUCCAAGCCACGGUUGAUCGUCUUCUUGAUAAAAUGCUGGCAAAAGGAGGCAAGGAGCCUGUAGACUUGGUGGAAAGCUUCGCUCUGCCGGUCCCAUCAUUUGUCAUCUACGGAAUCCUGGGUGUCCCUUUGGAAGACCUGGAAUUCCUCACCCAGCAGGCCGCGGUCCGUUCGAAUGGUUCUGCAACGGCCCUCGAAGCCUCUCGAGCCAACCAAGUCUUGCUCGAUUAUCUCGCGUCCCUCGUCGAGAAGCGCAUGAAGCAGCCCGAAAAUGAUCUGAUCAGCAAAUUGGUGACAGAACAGGUCAAACCCGGCAAUCUCUCGCAAGACGGCGCCGUGCAGAUUGCCUUUCUUCUGCUUGUAGCCGGUAACGCGACCAUGGUCAAUAUGAUCAAUCUCGGGGUGGUGACACUCUUCGAACAUCCCGAACAACUGAAAGAGCUCAAGAACGAUCCCGGCCUCGCGCACAAUUUCGUCGAGGAACUAUGCCGAUAUCAUCAGGGCUCGGCCAUGGCGACUCGCCGCGUCGCAAAGGUCGAUGUCGAAUACGGCGGCAAGCAAAUCAAAGCCGGUGAGGGCAUCAUUGCAGCUUGUCAGUCGGGCAAUCGUGACGAAGAGGUGUUCCCUGACCCGGACAAAUUCGACAUACACCGCCAGUUCGACCCUCAAGACUCCCUAGGCUACGGAUACGGCGCUCACAGAUGCAUUGCUGAGCAUCUGGCAAAGGCGGAAUUGGAGAUCGUGUUCGCCACAUUGUUCCACAAAUUGCCAAACCUGAAAUUGGCAAUUCCUCUGGACCAAGUCGAAUAUACCCCUCCGACAAUGGAUAUCGGCAUUCCCAGACUGCCAGUCGUGUUUUGAAAAGUAAAGAGAACUCGAAUGGAGGACACGCCAGGGACUAAGCCCACAAGAGACAUGGUGCAAAAUCAGUCAGUCAUAUAUUUCCAUUCUAUCCGACCCAAACGGUUCGAUCCAUUCCUUCGAACAGACAUAAAUGGAUCUCCUGUCCUCUGGUCUUUAAUUAAGAAAUUUGAGAGUGAUUCCAUGUACGACUGGUCGAAAGGGGACGGACGGACAUCAUAGUUUCUCGAUACUCCUACCGCCUAACUAGG